AGAUGCGACAAAACACGGAAGUGUUUUACUACCGUUAUAAAUAGUACGAUGGGCUAAUAUAACGCGCUGAAACGACUUUAUUUACCUCAAAAGGUCCUAACAACAACUGCAACUGAGACAGAUUAAUAAUAUGGAGUUGCUUUAAGUAACAAAUAAUAGUUAUUUUACGCAACAAUGUUUAGCAAGUCGUAUCAGCCUCUUCCUCAGAGGGACUCCGCUACUUCCCGGACUCCUGGUUUGUUUGUGGACUCUGACAGCUUCACUAGGACCAGCUACCACAAAGGACUUUCCUUUGACUACAUCCCUAAUGUUUCUGAAAACGACUUCACUGACACCUCCCAAGGAUGGCUGUCCUGGAUUUGCAACCUGAUCGUCAUCUCCCUCGUUUAUAUCUGCACCUUCGUAACCUUUCCAAUAACAGGGUGGUUUGUUCUGAAAACGGUGCCAAACUACCAGAGGAUCGUUGUCUUCCGUCUGGGUCGAGUUUGUCCUCCGAAGGGCCCUGGUAUUGUCCUUGUACUGCCCCUCAUCGAUAAAUGGCAGAAGGUAGACCUGCGCACCCGUGCUUUCAACAUCCCACCUUGCCAGGUGACCACUCGGGAUGGCGGCUUGUUGUUAGUGGGAGCAGACAUCCAGUUCAGGAUCUGGAACCCAGUCAUGUCGGUGGUGUCAGUCCAGGAUUUGAAUGCCUCCACCAGGAUGACGGCACACAAAGCUUUGACCCACAGUCUGGUGAAGAAGACUGUGAGGGAAAUCCAAACUGAGACAAUGAAGCUAGGGGAAUAUCUCGGGAUAGACAUAAAUGAGAUGACUCAUCCAUGGGGGCUAGAAGUGGAUAGGGUAGAACUUACUCUCGGUUCUCUGCUGAAAGCCCCAGAGGAAGGCCCCUCUGGACCCCUCAUCAUGCCUCCCUCUGUACCUGGACUUGAAGGCCUCACUGGCCCCAUUCAACAGUUGGCCAUGCACUUUAUGAACCACAGUGGCAUCUCGCAAUCUCCCCAAGGGGACCGUGUAACCUUUACAGACGAGCUCAGCGGUGGGCUCGAGACCACCGUCACCACGCCAGGUUCUGUUGAAGAGCUGCUCAGUGCGGUCAAACUGCUGCUGUCUGAAUCUUUGGUCCACCAGGUUGGGGCCUGUUUCCAGUUCGACAUCAGCUCAGGAGACGGACAGCAGCACAGUUACUAUGUGGAUUUGAGCCAAGGCUGUGGUGCAGCUGGAGCAGGGCCAUUGUGUCGAGAGCCAGAUGUGAUUCUGAGCAUGAGUGACUGUGACCUUCUGGCCAUGUUCCAGGGUGGACUACGACCAUUUGCCGCUUACGCCAGUGGCAGACUUAAAAUCCAGGGAGACGUUAAGACUGCCAUGAAGCUGGAAGAACUCAUAAAGCUGCUUAAAGAAACACCUCCGUAGUAGAUUUUUAUUGGUAUUUAUUAAAUCUUCACGUUUAACUGUAAUCUCCACUUUUAAUUGUAUGCAUUACUGAAUUGACUGCAUUUUAUGUGUUUGUAAUUUUUCAUAAAUUAAAGACAAUGUACAAACAA